AUGCUCGACGUUGAGGGAAAGACAGUCAUUGUAUCGGGUGCGUCGCAGGGAUUGGGUAGGUCGCUUGCCCUGAAAUUGCAUGCCAGAGGGGCCAAUGUUGUUCUUGUUGCAAGAACUGCCAGCAAAUUACAGGAGUUGGCUGACUCGUUAAACGAAAACAGAAUGUCCUCGAACCAUCAAGCAUACGCGUACCCACUGGACCUCUCGAUCAAGGAAGAUGUCCUUGAGUUUGGGAAAUGGCUCGACGAUAGAGUGGAUAAUUUGGUAGGCGUGUUUUGCUGUGCCGGCUCGUCAAUUCCAAAACUCUUCACCAAUCUCUCCCUAGAUGAAAUCGACAAUGGUAUCAAUAUCAACUACAAGACAUGCAUUUAUCUCCUGCACGUCACCAUCCCGCUACUGAAACGCUCCAAGGAGAAGACAAACAUCGUCAUCUUCUCCUCCUCUGUUGCGUUCUACUCCUUCAUUGGGUACUCGCAAUAUGCGCCAUUGAAAUCGGCACUUCAAUCACUUGGAGACAUUCUCAGACAAGAGUUGGACCCUUACAACAUCAAUGUAUCCACUGUCUUCCCGGGGAACUUUGCCAGCGAGGGGUUCCACGAGGAGAACCUCACCAAACCGGCAAUCACAUCGCAGAUUGAAGGCGCAUCAGUCCCCAUCUCCGUGGACGAGUGUGCAGACAAGGUCCUCUCAGGCAUCACCAACUCCGAGUCGUACAUCCAUACCGACUUUAUUGGUUGGGUGCUCUCGUGUUUUUCGUUGGGGUUUGGUCCACGCUCUUGGUGGUUGUUCCAAAUCCCCGUUGCAGUUAUUGGGGUUCUCUUUGCUAGACUUAUUUCCAAAUAUCACGAUUAUCAGGUAAAACAGUGGGUAGCAGCUAACAGACACAAACAAUAA